AUGUGUUAGUUUGGGCACAGUUUAACUCUACGCAUUAUUGAGCAGGCUGAUGAUUCUUUAUUCCUGAAGUUCUCCUGCAUGUGUGUUCGGCAGCGGCCUGCACGGGUCAGAUGUCCCGGAUCUCCGUCUGGAUCUGAGCUCGGUGACCGGAGCGAUGAAGGAGAAGUCUAAGACGGCGGCGAGGACGCGGCGCGAGAAGGAGAACAGCGAGUUUUACGCGCUCGCCAGAAUGUUGCCGUUACCGUCGGCCAUCACGUCUCAGCUGGACAAAGCGUCCAUCAUCCGACUGACCAGCAGCUACCUGAAGAUGCGACUGGUGCUCCCUCCAGGUUUGGGGGAGGUUUGGGGUCGAAGCAGAUCUUUAGAAAACACAAACAUUGAGCUCGGAUCUCAUUUACUGCAGGUAAUAAUCAGCAAGAUGCUCCAGGUAAUAUGAACACUUUAUUAUUAUUAUUAUUAUUAUUAUUAUUAUUAUUAUUAUUAUUAUUAUUAUUAUUAUUAUUAUCUUUGGCUUGUGUUCAUUCAGAAAUAUAUCAGAGGACACUGUGAAGUUAAUGAUUCAUUUCCAUGCAAAUGCAUUAGAUCUGAUUGGAAGAUGAUUAACGAAGCAUGUUUGCAGAUUGUCUCGGCGUUGGUUGUGUCUGUGGUGAUCUGUCUGAUGUUCUGUGAUCUGCAGACGUUAGACGGCUUUAUAUUCGUGGUGGCUUGCGAUGGGAAGAUCAUGUACAUCUCAGAGACGGCGUCGGUUCACCUGGGUCUUUCACAGGUGAAGAACUGACUAACAUCUGUGUUUGUGCUGGUGUUCCUCCAGUGCAAUCACACAGCUGCUUUCACACAGGUAGAGCUGACCGGGAACAGUAUUUAUGAGUACGUCCAUCCGGCGGAUCACGACGAGAUGAGCGCGGUCCUGACGCCGCAGCCCUCGCUCCACACACAGCUCAUCCACGGUGAGACCACACCA